GGGAGGGACGAAGGGAGGAAGUUCACAGUUAGUUCCACAGGACUGGGGCUGUCGCAGGCAACUCUCUGCAGCUGGAGGUCGGGCCAGUGAAAAAGUUCUAACCAGCGGGUGCAGCGGAGCAAGGGAGGGAUCUGCAAACUGCCGCCCCACAGAGACUUUACUGUAGCCAGGGCAGACAGACAGACAGACAGAGGCAGAGAGACAGACAGAGGCAGAGAGAGACACACACAGAGAACAAGAGAGAGAAAGCAGCGCUCCCGUGGACUAACACAGACAUGUCCGGCAGAUCUUGGCCCUGGCUAUGCCUUCUCUCCAUCCUCCUCGGGCUCGUUGGACCAGCCGCUGCCGUCGGGCUGCCCUGGGAUCAGCGCUCGGUUGUGACAGUAUGUGCAAAGGGAUACUUCCUCAGUGAUUUGAACAACUGCCUACCAUGUAACUGCAAAGGCCAUUCAGAAACCUGCGAAGACAUCACAGGCGUCUGCAUAGACUGUCAGGACAACACGUUGGGAGACUUCUGUGAGAUGUGUGAGGAGGGCUACAUGUCUGUUCCUUCUCCUAGUGGUCACCAUGCCUGUCGGCCCUGCGCAUGCCCUCUCUCCAUCCCCUCCAACAACUUCGCGCUGCACUGUGACAGAGGGAUCUCCGCCAUGCGCUGCACGUGCCAGGAGGGCUACAAUGGGCAUUUCUGCGAGAGGUGUGCUCCAGGCUACUAUGGCAACCCCAUGCUGAUUGGGAGCUCGUGUAAGAGGUGCGACUGUAACGGGAACUCCGACCCUAACCUUAUCUUCAACGAGUGUCACAACGUGACUGGCGUCUGUCAGAACUGCUGGGGCAACACCGCCGGCACCAGCUGCGAUAGGUGCGCUCCGGGUUUCCACGGCGACGCCGUCGGUGCCAAGGACUGCAGAGAGUGCGAGUGCAGCAAGUGUGGGACGGCCUCGUGCGACGACAGGACGGGGGUGUGUCACUGCAAGCCUGGGGUCACCGGCCGACUCUGUGACCAGUGUGAGGAGGGCCAGUCGGGGUUCUCCAGCUGCCAGGGCUGCAGGAGGUGUGAGUGUGGCCCAGCCGCCCUGCGCGUCACCUGCCACCCCCUGACACACAGCUGCCAGUGCAGCCCAGGAGCAGGCGGGCGCUACUGCGAACGCUGCCUCCCCGGACACUGGGACUACAAGCCCUCCGGCUGCCAGAAGUGUGACUGUACCAGCGGACACUGUGACACGCACACUGGAGAGUGUCUUCCGGAAGCUGCCACCGUCAACCUCUGCAACAUCAGUUGUGAUGAGUGUAUCUGGCACCUGAUUGGAGACUUGAGGCUGUCCAAUAAGAGCCUGGACCAGAUGAGGGUCAGUGUGUUGAACAUCUCCACAGGGGCGGCCGCCAACGACAGACUCAAGUACUACAACUACACUGCUCUGCGUCUGCAGAACCAGUUUGUGAACUGGAGGAACAAGUCUGCUCUGAUGAGGACCCAGACUGGCCUGCUGGAGGUGUCCACCCAGGCGCUGGUCUCUGACAUGAUCCAGCUGGCUAAGAUGGAGGAGGUGGUGAAGUCCUUGGAGGACCAUGUGGUUGAACAGACACUAAACAGCUUCACUCUGGCUGACAACCUGACCACAAACCUCAUCACGCUCAACGUACUCAUCGAAGACACGAUCCAUGACUUGGAACUGUACAGUGUGGAGCGGGAUCUGGACCCAGAGCUGGUGAGACAGAGCACAGCCACGGCUAAAGGCCUGCUGGCCUGGAUGAGGACCCUGGAUCUGUCCCCUCGGGGACCUAUUGCCACGGACGAGUCCACAGAGGCCCACGACCUCCUCAGACGAGUGCGGCAGAUGGAGAAAAAGCAGAUGGUCUUAGACGGCCGUGUGACCCCGGUGAGGGAAGUCUUGUCUCGCUUCACCACCAAGCUCUCGGAGGCCCAGGACCUCCUCCAGAGAGCUGUCAGCACCGUGCAGGAGACGGACGAUGCAAACAAGGCCAACAUGCUCAAAUACCAGAGAAACGAGGUCAAGCAGCAGAGGCUGAUGGAGGCGUAUGGGCUUGUGAAAGACACCUUGCAGAUGGCAGGCGUCCACAUCUCCAGCACAGAGCGGACCGUGGCUGAGGUGGAUGCCUUGGUCCAGAACGUGACAGAGUAUCAUGCCUCGAUCGAUGGAGCCAGACAGCUACUGACGGACAAGACGGAGAGGCUGUCUCUAGCCGACAGGGACCUGGUCCAGAGGGCCGACGACCACGCCGAGGAACUGAACAAGCUGUCUGACGAGCUGGAGGAAGAUCUCAGACGCAGUGACGCCAACGGAUUCGUCCAGAGGGCUUUGGAUGCUGCCAAUGUGUACAACAACAUAGUCAAGUACGUCUCUGACGCCAACAUCACCGGGCUGACCACUCUGGACUCAGCCAACAGAGCCGAGGACGCCAUCAACGGGAUCAACACACAGCUUGGGUUCUUGAAAACCCAAAGUGAAAACGUCUUUAAGGAAUCCGUUUCCCUGCAUUCGGAACAGAAAGAGGUGGAAGCUGACUUGUUGGACAAGCGUCAAUACAUCGAGGAGACUAAAGGGAUCAUGGAGGAGAACACCAGGAAAGUGACGGCAGCGAUGAUGGCACUCGACAGCAUUCAUAAAGACCGGACCGGCAAGCGUCUGGAGUUCACCCAGGAUGUGGCAGAGAAGACGCUGAACCGCUCGGUGGAGGUCCUGCAGACCAUCACCCCCAUCAGCCAGAAGGUGGAAGAGUGGGCCAUCAACAUGAGGAACCAGGACUACUCUACUGAGGCGUAUGACCACGUCAUGCUCUCUGCUGGGGAAGCAGUGGACAGCCUGACCGUGUUGGUUCCUGAGCUGCUGAAUAAGCUGAAGGUGGUGGAGGACAAGAAGCCCAUCAACAACGUGACCACCAACAUCAUGAGGAUCCGAGAGCUGAUCGCCCAGGCACGGAGCGUGGCCAAAAAGGUCCAAGUCUCCAUGAAGUUCAACGGUCAGUCGUCAGUGGAGGUGCAGCCACACACCAACGUGGAGGAUCUGAAGACGGUGACGGCCAUCAGCCUGUUCAUCAGAGUGGAUCCAGAUAAGGACCCCAUCGAGGAUCGCUUCAUCUUCUACUUAGGAGACAGAAAUGGCAAGAAGGACUACAUGGGUCUGGCCAUCAAGAACGACAACCUGGUGUACGUUUACAACCUGGGGGGAGAAGAUGUGGAGAUCCCCCUCAGCUCCAAGCCUGUCAGUCAGUGGCCUCCAGUGUUCAACCUCAUCAAAGUGGAGAGGCUGGGCCGACAUGGGAAAGUCUUCCUGACUGUGCCCAGUCAGACCUCCACUGACGAGCAGAAGUUCAUCCAGAAAGGAGAGGCCCCUGGCACCGACUCGCUGUUUGACCUCGACCCCAAAGACACGGUCUUCUUUGUGGGUGGCGUUCCUGCAGACGUCAAGCUUCCACCAGCUUUGAGUCUGGCUCCUUUUGUUGGUUGCAUUGAGCUGGGCUCUUUGAACAACGAUGUCAUCAGCCUAUACAACUUCAAACAGAUCCACAAAAUGGAUGUUGUUGCAUCUUCACCAUGUCCCAGGUACAAGCUGGCAUUCUCUCAGAGCCGGAUAGCUAGCUACCUCUUUGACGGGACUGGCUAUGCUCUCGUAAACAACAUGGAGCGGAGGGGCAAGUUUGGCAUCGUCAUCAGGUUUGACAUCGCUGUGCGGACAGUGGCCAACAAUGGUAUCCUGUUACUCAUGGUGAACGGGGCGGAUUUCUUCCUAUUGGAACUGAAGAACGGCCUCUUGAACCUCCAGUAUGACUUUGGCUUUAAAGGUGGUCCUGUCACACUGGACAGUACCUCACCCAAACUACAGAUUAACGACGCGCGAUACCACGAGGUAUCAGUGAUCUAUCACUACUCUAAGAAGAUCAUCCUACUGGUAGACAAGAGUCACGUGAAGUCCAUGGAAAAUGAGAAGAAGACCCUGCCCUUCUCUGACAUCUACAUCGGAGGGGCUCCCUCCCGCGUUCUCCUCUCCAGGAUGGAGCUGGGCGAUCUGGUGGGGCUGAGGGGUUGUGUCAAGGGCUUCCAGUUCCAGAAGAAAGACUUCAAUCUUCUGGAAGAGCCAGGCACCAUCGGCAUCAGCAGUGGCUGUCCUGAAGAGUCCUUCAUGUCUCGUAAGGCCUACUUCACUGGAGAGAGCUACCUGGGAUCAUCUGCCAAGUUCUCACCCUUUGACGCCUUUGAGGGAGGCCUCAACUUCAGGACCCUUCAACCCACAGGGCUCCUGUUUUACCUGAAAGAAGGGUCGGACGAGUUCAGCAUCUCACUGGAGAACGGGGGUGUGGUGUUGAACGCCCGAGGGACCCGAGUGAAGUCACACAAGAAGCAGUACGGCGACGGAAGAGCUCACUUCCUGGUGGCCUCGAUAUCCAAUGAAAAGUAUGAGCUGGUGGUGGAUGACAAGGACAAGCAUGAGAAGAAGCGUCCCUCCUCCGCGUCCUCCUCGGCAUCAGGUAUCAGGAGCUUCUACUUUGGAGGAUCUCCCAGCAGCGCUAGCAGCAUCAGGAACUUCACAGGCUGCAUCAGCUACGCCUACAUCAACAGACAGGACAGGGACAUUGAACCUGAGGACUUCCAGAAAUACACUGAGAACGUCCAGACGUCCCUGCAGGAGUGCCCAGUGGAGAGACCGCCUGCAGCUCUGCUCUCUAAACACAGCCAGAGCACCUCCAAGCCCAAACACAGUCAGGCCAGAAAGGUGGGCAGGGACGAGUCCAGCCACCCCCAAAGCAUGCUGGGAUUGAAGAGAGACGAGGAGGCGGAUCCUGAGAUGGAGGCCACGCCCUGUUACCUCUCCUCCAGGCCCCGUGCAUCUCUCCACGCCCACCGCUACGGCGGCACCGCCCACAGUCGGCAGGAGUACACCCACCUCCCCCCAUCCCUGUCAGAGAGGUCCCACUUCUCCCUGUCUCUGAAGACCCAGUCUUCCUUCGGCCUCAUCUUCUACGCGUCUGAUGAGAAGGAGGACAGCCACAUGGCUCUGUUCCUGGCCCAUGGGAAGCUGGUGUACACCUUCAACCAGGGCCAGCAGAGGGUCAAGCUCAGGAGUCAGGAGAAAUACAACGACGGCGCCUGGCACAAUGUUAUUUUUAUUCGUGACGGGAGUCUGGGCAGAUUAAUAAUUGAUGGUCUGACAGUGCUGGAGGACAGAGCCAAGGGAUCCAACAUCUCCUGGAAUGUCAGCAGCCCUCUCUACGUUGGAGGGGUUCCUCCAGGGAAGGCCUUGAGACACAUCCAGAGAAACUCUGCCGUCAGCUUCACUGGUUGUGUGAAGAGCCUUCAGCUGGACGGCCAGUGGCUGUCCUCCGUGUCCCAGAGCUUUGCCGUCACGCCCUGCUUCGAGGGGACUUCAGAGAAGGGGACGUACUUCUCUGCGGAGGGGGGAUAUGUCGUCCUGGAUGACACGUUCAACCUUGGGCUGAAGUUUGAGCUGGUGGUGGAGGUGCGCCCUCGUGUGGCGUCCGGGGUGCUACUGCAUGUGUACACAGCCGUGGAGGAAUACCUCACCAUGUACAUCCACAGAGGAACGGUGGUAGUGUUGGUGAACAACGGAAUGAGAGAGUUCUUCACCCAGGUGUCUCCCAGUCAGGGGUUGUGUGAUGGUGGCUGGCACAGGAUAACAGUGAUCCGAGAUGCCAAUGUUGUCCAGCUGGAUGUGGACUCGGAGGUCAACCAUGUCGUGGGACCUCUGAACCCCGGCGCCAUGGAUACCAGGACCCCUGUGUUCAUUGGUGGAGCUCCAGAAUCUCUCCUCCCAGAGGGCAUUGCUACCAAGAAGACCUUCACAGGCUGCAUGAGGAACCUGGUGGUCAACAACAGUGAAGUGAGCUUCACCAAAGCUGCCCUGGUCAGUGGAGCGGUCAGCGUGGGGUCCUGUCCAGCAGCCUAGUAGCUCUGGCACACCUGGAAACACCAACACCACCCAACCUCCACCCAAAUGGAAGUGACCAAAUACUCAAUAGCACGUUCUUGCCACUGCAAUAAAGCUUAAGCAUUAAAAUACUUGUUCCUUUUUAACCUUUUCGUCCUUGUGUCCAGUGACAGUUUAUUUUUUAGAUUUACCCACCAUGACCCAUAUAACCGACACUCCUAUAGAAAUCAGAUACACGUAAAAGACUGUCCAAACAUAAAUACCAUAUCAAUCUUUUUAAAUUAUAUUUUAUGUUUUUGGCGAAUCACUACAUUAAAGUUUUAGUUUAUGAUUAAGAGUUAAAUCUACAGGUUGCCAAAGGGUUACAUUUUCUUUUAUUAACAGUCAUAAGUCACACAGCCACAGAAGGGAGGUGGGUCUGUAAUACCAGUGAUGAGGCACAUGCACACAAGAAUACAACCCUUUUAUUAUCUCAAUGGCACAUCUGUAACAAAUUGUCUUUCUCACUCCUGCAGUCAACGUUUUUUAUAUAUAAAAUAUUCUGCUUAAUAAAGAUAAUCUAUAUGA